AUAAGAGCUUGGCUUGUAGUUGCAAGGGCGCUGCAGAAACACAAGGAGCGUUUGGAAAUGGAGAAGUACUUCGGGAAUGCAUAUAGAGGGGACCCGGGAGUGCCUCAUGCGAGUCCGGAUCGGUUCGUGAAUAUAUGGAUCGGGUCAGCUGCUUUCUCCGCUAUCACUUGGUUCAAACCUUACAUGUGGCAGCUUUCUAACCAAUUCAAUUGGCAUGACAAAGCAAUGUUAUUUGAGCAAUACCAUUGGAAAAAAGCAAUGGCAAAGAAACAACCAUACAAAUUUAAGUGGAAUGAGUGCAUGGACAAGGAUCACAGGGACUCGUAUUAUUUCAAUUGGUCUGUCUACUUCUCUUAGUUUUUGGCUUGUGUAGGCAUGCUCUUUGAUAAGUAGUUUGGGCAAAGAGGAUUGUACCCUGUUGAAAAGUUCGUGUUUCUUUAUGGUUUCCACCCCUUCUUCCCAAUCCAUUAUGCUGUCUUCACUCCCACCUCUCUCAUUUUGGUGGAUUUGAAGUCUUUCAAGUAAUAGCAGGAUCUUUUGUUAUCUUUU